CUCAAAUUGUAAACGAUAGCUUUUAGUUAAUACUUUAUUCUUAAUUUAAUUUAAAGAAAGUCACGUACUUAGAAGGGAAUUUCACUUGAGCAAGAAGCUGCAAUGCCCCCGUCCAAAUGGAUGACCUCCUAUGAUCGAGCCGUUAAAAAGGCUACAAAGAUCAAAUUGGCUGCUCCGAAGAGCAAACAUGUGGAAUUAAUUUUGCAAGCUACCUCUGAAGAUCCUGAUACAUUAGAUACAGUCAUUCAGAACCUUUGUGAACGAAUGAAAGAUUCUUCGUGGACUGUCGUUUACAAAUCAUUAAUUGUUUUCCAUCUCAUGUUAAAAGAUGGCUCGCCUGGCACGACAAUUGUGGCUCUGUCCCAGCGUCCUCGUAUUCUCGAAGUCGUGCGAGCAUCCUCUCUGACUACUCAAGGUCAAAAUAUUUAUAAUUAUAGCAGAUUUUUAAGUGAAAGGGUAAGGCAAUAUGGCCGUUUAGGAUUUGAUUACGCUCAAGCCGGUGAUGCAACUAAGAAAAAACUCAAACAAUUGACCGUCGAGAAAGGACUUAUACGCCAUAUAGAUGGUAUCCAGUCGCAGCUUAAGAGGCUUUUGAGAUGUCAGUUCCUCGUUGAUGAGAUAGACAAUGAUAUAACCGUGACAUCCUUCCGGCUACUUGUGGGUGAUUUGUUGGUGCUCUUUAAAGCAAUCAAUAUUGGUGUAAUUAAAUUACUGGAACAUUAUUUUGAAAUGAGCCAUACCGAUGCAGAGCAAUCUCUUCGUAUCUACAAAACUUUUGUUCGACAGACUGAAGAUGUUAUCAAUUUUCUGGGCACAGCUCGUUCCUUGGAAUUCGUUACCAAAUUCCCCGUCCCCAAUAUUAAACAUGCCCCUAUUAGUUUAACGGCUUCCUUGGAAGAGUACCUACAUGAUCCGGAUUUCGAAAAAAAUCGUAAUCAGUAUUUGAACAAAAAGACGAAUCCGAAUAAGUCUGGAAGUGUUUUAGAUCUUUCCGAGACAACACCUCAAAUACCCCAAGAAGGCAAACAGAUGGACUCCUCAUUUCCGAAUUAUAAUACUUCAUCUUUUGUGGAUGAAAUGUUACAAGAGGGUAAUGAUCUUCCUUUGAAUUUAAGACAGAAUUCUCCUUCCUAUAACCAGCCAAACAAUUCAUCUACUCACCAACAACCCGCUCCGAAUCCAUUGAAUCCCUUCCUUAAUGCCUCUGUACCAUACCAAAUUCAACAGGCCCAAGUUGCUCCGAUGGCCGUUCCGCAAAUGACAGGAAACCCUUAUGCUCAGGUGUCAUACAGUCCCCAAACGAAUCCUUAUGUCCAAAACUCAAGUGGUAUUCAACCAAUGCUAACUGGUUACGGUCCUUCAUCAGUGGCAGGUUCAUACAAUCCCCCGAAUAGAGCUCAAUCUGUAAACAUUGAUUUUAAAAACCCUUUUCAAAAUUAUAUUAACCCGAGUGCAAUCCAAUCCCAAUCCACGGGGUUUCAGUCGCCAUCUAUGACUCCUGGUGGCUUACAGAAUUCCCCGUCUUACUUCAAUACUGAAACCAUACCAUCAUUUUCUGGAGCACCGAAGGGUGUACCAAUGGACAGACCAACACCCACAAGCGUUUAUAGCACGAAUGCUAAUUAUACCCCGCAAUCUUUAAGCCAACAGAACACAAUGAAUUAUCCCAAUUACAUACAUUCUGCUCCCUCUAAUAUUUCAAAAAAUCCUUUUGCACUCAAGCAAUCUCAAGAGACUCAAAAUGUAUUACAGAGCUCAAUGACGGGCCAUUCUAAAAAUCCAUUUCGAGUUUAGUUGGUCUUCUCUUAACCUUUGCCGUUACGGUAUUCAGCUUGGAAAAGUCUCAUCCGCAUUUGUAAUUAUAAGCAUAUAAAGUUAAGUCACUCCUUGCUUCACUUUAUUUAGAAUCCUGUAUGUGCAAGUAAUGAAGCGCUUGCAUUAUCUGUUCGUUAGAAAUAUGUACUGUUCAGUUAUUCCUCGUGCUGUUGAAAAGAGUUAGUCCUGAAUAUUGCAGCUGGUUAACCCGCUAUAUACCUUCUUUUGAAAUUUUGGUCCUUAUAUCUUUUCAAUUUGGUUCUACGACUUAUGUUCUAGUUUACAGAUUUGUGCAUACAUUUAUACACUUUGCAUGGUUCUUCGCUACUGCUUGAACCGAAUGUUAAAGAACAAGCGGCUUCUCCUCUAACAAUCCGUGUACUCAAACAAAUCCAGUCUUAUUUAAGGUAAUCCAUGUUCUGCUUUAGAUUUCCUAAUUUGGUUUAUUUCUAUGAAAUUCAAAUGAGAAGUUACGUGUUGUUAUGCUUAUUCAUUUACAAUGAAAAUUAGACGACAAACUGUUAAAAUAGUACACCGUUCGGUCUUUUGUCCAUGAAUAAUGUUUUUAUAUAUAAAUAUAAAUAUUUAACCAGUAA